AUGGAUUUUGUUAUUAUACAGUCUUAUUAAAAAAUGUAAAAUAUGUUUAUUUAUUUAUUUUAGGUUGAAGAAAGAUGAAUAUAAUUUAUAAUCGUUAAGUUUAUUAAUCUCUGCAAACAAUCAUUCUAUGAUCGUUAGCUAUUUUUGUGCAAAUUGA